AUGUACGCCGUCGAGGAUAGACAUCAUCCCGUUCCGCCUCCUCUGUCAAUGGAUCGCAUCUCAGCUCCGACCGGAACUCCCUACCCGUCUAACCCGCUACGGUCCGAUCAGCUAGGAUCCGUCUCUCAGAGACAUGAGGGUCGGAUUUAUUCAUUACAAGUGGUGCAGCAGCCCAUCCGAGCUCGCAUGUGUGGUUUUGGUGACAAGGACCGGCGACCGAUCACCCCUCCUCCAUGCAUUCGUCUGAUCGUGCGUGACGAGUUCACGGACAAAGAAAUCGACAUCAAUGAAAUCGAUACCUCCUUCUACGUCCUCACCGUCGACCUAUGGAAUGCCGACGGUACCAACGAAGUCAACCUCGUCAAGCACUCCGCUACCUCUCCCUCCAUCUCUACCGCCAUGUCCUCUUCUUACCCUCCCCCACCACAGAGCAUGUCUCCGACCUACCCAGCGACCUACAAUCAGGCCCCCUACAACUACCCUCAGAUGGGCAACUACUACAGUGGUCAGCAGGUGGCAUACCAGAACCAAUACGGUCAGCCAGUGUCCUACCCACAAUACUACGCCGGCGGCCAGAUGCCCGCAUCGAUGUCGCCCGCAGCGCAACCCGUGUCGGGAGGACCAGGUGGAAUGUUCACGCGGAACCUGAUCGGCAGUCUCAGCGCCAGUGCCUUCCGAUUGACAGAUCCGGAUAAUAAAAUCGGAGUGUGGUUCAUUCUGCAAGAUCUGAGUGUGCGGACAGAAGGCACCUUCCGUCUGAAAAUGAGCUUCGUCAAUGUCGGCACGCCAUCGACGGAAUCCACAAACGGCGCGCCGGUGAUCAACCACGGAACCGCACCAGUGCUAGCCUCCGUUUUCUCCGAACCGUUCCAAGUCUUCUCCGCCAAGAAAUUCCCCGGCGUCAUCGAAAGUACACAACUCAGCAAAUGCUUCGCGCUACAGGGAAUCAAGAUCCCCAUCCGCAAGGACGGAGUAAAAGGUCCCCGCGGCCGAGGCGGCGAUGGAGACGACGAUGACGAAGGCGACUAUUAA